AUGACUUCUUCAAGAAGAGGUAUAAAUGAUUAUUUUGACGAAGAAGGUUCGCUUUCGAAUUCUAAUUCCCUGCCAGAAGAUUUGCUUGAAGGAAAUUUUUUCUAUAGUUCUGACACCAGUGCAUUGCUUGCAGUGACUGAUCAAGAAGAUGAAUCUGGUAGCGCAAUGAAGGUUAUAGUUCCACAGACUGCACUCCAAAAACACGUCCCAGGCCCAAGACCUAAAUUCCAAAAACAAUUCCCAAGUCAAGGACUUGAAUCACCCAAGGUUGCAAACGAGAUGGAUAUGGCAGAUGCAGAGAAUCCACCAGAAGAGCCUGUUUCGAGAGUCUCAAACCCGCAGUACCAGCACCCGAGAACACUAAAAAAAUCGGUGACAAAGCUUGGUGCGGUCCUUGUCAAAACAGAACCGAAUGGUCUCAUGGAAGCAUGUGCUAGAUGUGGUAGCCUUGACCACUGCGUUAGCUUCUGCCCUCGCCUUACCUGGAACGGAAAGAAGCCGGUGAAAAUCAAGGACCUAUACUUUUUCUUGGUCACUUCUCGUCAGGGUCUGCCACCAGCAAUUUCUGAGGUAGAUCCCCGCGUGAUUGAUCGAGAAAGAUGGGAAAAAGAGGUCGAGUAUCCACAGACUCCAGCGCUUGCAAGACAUCGCAGAGAGGGAGUCUUAAAUGGUACACUGCCCGGAAGACUCGAUCUCAACCUUUGGAACGAAUUGGACGUCAACACUGGUCUGAGUUUGGGUCUUCAAAUUCAUCCUGAUCAUGUCCCUGGUGGCCAGCAUAGAUGUUGCGAUGCUGUAUGGUACCAUCCUUCGCAAACUCAAGAGAAUACUGGCUCAACAUCACAAGCCGAGCAGCCAAGCAGAAAAAGCAAAGCUGGCAAAUAUACUACAGACUCAGUUCUCCAUGGUACAAUGGGUGGCAGAAUUGCCAAGAUUCCACGUCGGGAAACUCAAGCUCGUGGUGGAGACCGUGGUGGUGAAGAAAGCGAUCGCGGUGGAGGCUUUGGUCAUGGAAGAGAAGCUGCACCACGAGGCAGUGGUAACUUCGAUGGGUUUGAUCAGACGCAGCGUCCACAUCUUCCGUCCCUUUCCUCUCAAAAGAAGUUCGAUUUCUUGCUGGGCGAGUUUGAUCGGCAACAAACAAGAGAACGGCACAACAUGCUGAACAGGUUUGAGGCAACGCAGAAGGAGAGACAUAGCAUAUUUGUGAGCGAGAUCAUCGACCGCAUACAGGGUACAUUUGGUGAAGUUCGUGGUGCUACAUCUGGACUGGAUGCCGAUUUAAGACGUGGUGAAAAUCAUGGCUUGGAAUAUCCUGGGCAUCUACCAUCACACAGUGGGAGUGAUGCACCUGUCAAUCGUCAUCAUCUCAGAAGAGGGUCGCUCACUCCAGAGCGUCUUACACACGGCUUGCAAUCAGGGAAUCAAGCACAUGGACAAGAUGCAUAUACUCUACCUGCUGGGACGCAAUCUUUCGCAUCUAGGCUACGAGAUAUACCGCACCAGAAUCGCGAAAAUCCAGGAGGUGCCCCAAACCAGCAGUGA